AUGGACCAGAGCCAGCCGGCGGGGGAGUCCCAGCAGGACCAGGGGACAGAGGGGCGUCUGGGGACAGGGUUCAGGCAGAGAAAGAUGGUCCUGAAGUGGUUCAUGGAGACUCAAGCUCAUCUCAUCCUCCAUGAGGGAAAUGUCCCCUCCUGGUUCGAAGGAUUCAUCAACAGAAGAGAUGCUGAGGAGACACUGAGAGACAAGGAACUGGGCUGUUUCCUGAUCCGACUCAGUGACAAAGCCAUGGGAUACAUCCUGUCAUACAGAGGUCGUGAUCGAUGCAGACACUUUGUAAUCAACCAGAGUAAGUCAGGCCAGUUCAUAGUGUCUGGAGACACAGAGGAGCAUGAGACCCUGAGAGACCUGAUAGAGCACUACAAGACCAACCCAAUAGAGCCCUUCAGAGAGUACCUGACCUGCUCCUGUGUAGAGGUGAGGAGAGACUGCCUCUAGCCUGGUCCCAGACCUGUUGUUUAACCCUUCAGAGAGUACCUGACCUGCUCCUGUGUAGAGGUGAGGAGAGACUGCCUCUAGCCUGGUCCCAGACCUGUUGUUUAACCCUUCAGAGAGUACCUGACCUGCUCCUGUGUAGAGGUGAGGAGAGACUGCCUCUAGCCUGGUCCCAGACCUGUUGUUUAACCCUUCAGAGAGUACCUGACCUGUUCCUGUGUAGAGGUGAGGAAAGACUGCCUCUAGCCUGGUCCCAGACCUGUUGUUUAACCCUUCAGAGAGUACCUGACCUGCUCCUGUGUAGAGGUGAGGAGAGACUGCCUCUAGCCUGG